AUGAGUGACUCCCAUGGAUAUCUAAAUUUAUCUUCCUAUCAUGAAGGAGAAGAUAACAAUACCACACAAGCUAAUUCAAUAACUCCUAAUCUACCCUCAGUCCUUCACAGUGGAGAUCUAUCCACUGAUACCGCUGGUCCCAAGAAACCUUCAUCUAAUCAAUCACUGACUGGCAAAACAAGAACUAAACAGAAACGUGGAAAAGUAGUUCCAUAUAAGAAAUUGUUAAAAAAUGAAUCUAAUCUUUCUUUUCAAGUGAGAAAUCACAGAGAUAACAGGUCAUUUUCAUGCUCAGAAUGUGGAAAAUGUUUUAACAGAAAAUUAAUUCUAGUUAGACAUCUGAGAACUCACACAGGAGAGAAGCCGUAUUCAUGUUCAGAAUGUGGAAAAUGUUUUGGUCAGAAAUCACAUCUUACAAGCCAUCUAAGAAUCCACUUAGGGGAGAAGCCAUUUUCAUGUUCAGAAUGUGGGAAGUGUUUUGGCCGGAAAUCAGUUCUUGUUAAACAUCGGAGAACUCACACAGGAGAGAAGCCAUUUUCAUGUUUUGAAUGCGGGAAGUAUUUUGGUGUGAAAUCAAUGCUUAUAGAACAUCUAAGAACUCACACAGGAGAGAAGCCAUAUUCAUGUUCAGAAUGUGGAACAUGUUUUAGUCACAAAUCAAAUCUUGUGACCCAUCUAAGAAUCCAUUUAGGGGAGAAGCCAUUUUCAUGUUCAGAAUGUGGUAAAUGUUUUAGUCUGAAAUCGUGUCUUGUUAGACAUCAGAGAACUCACACAGAGGAGAAGCCAUUUUCAUGUCCUGAAUGUGGGAAGUGUUUUAGUCAGAAAUCAAAUCUUGUUACACAUCAGAGAACUCACACAGGGGAGAAGCCAUAUUCAUGUUUAGAAUGUAGGAAAUGUUUUAGCCGUCAAUCAAGUUUUAUUCGGCAUCAGAGAACUCACACUGGGUUGAAGCCAUUUUCAUGUCUUAAGUGUGGGAAGCAUUUUGUUCUGAAAUCAAUGCUUAUAGAACAUCUAAAAUCUCACACAGGAGAGAAGCCACAUUCAUGUUCAUAAUGUUGGAAAUGUUUUAGUCUGAAAUCGUGUCUUGUUAGACAUCAGAAAAUUCACUCGGGAGGAGAAGUCAUUGUAAUAUUUUUUGUUAAAUAAGACAGAUGUGCAGCUUCAUUGUAGGAUCUGCCUCCUAAUAACUUCUGAUGUAUAACUUAAUGCCUUGGGGAUCGGGGUUAAAAAGUAUGGUACAGAAAAGAGUACUCAAAAGGCCUGCCCUACACUAAAGCAACAUUCUGAACACAUGGGCACUACCAUUAUGCCAGAAUGAGCAUGACCACUAAUUCACUAAAUCACUAAUCACUGUUUAACUCCCUUUCUACUAUGAUCAAAGCUGAUAGAGUAAAGCAAAGUUGCAUGCCAUUUGACUUUAUUCACUUAAGACCCUAAUAUGUAUGUGUAAAUCCACAUUCUCCAGGUUCUUAUAUACAUUUUUCUUGUUUCUCAGUGGCAUUAGUUUGAAAAAGGUCCCCAAGGGCCGAAUUGUCACAUGUAUUGCUUCUUAAAA